UUUGGGUGAGUAAAAAUGACAAACAUCAAUUAAAUGAUGUACAAUUAUAGAUGCUGUUUAGAUAUUCUUUAUGAAAAUAUUUAAAGAAGAUAUACAAAAUACAACAUAAAAUUGAUCCACAUUUCAGAAAGCAAUGGAAAUAUUGUGUUUUUGUAACAGGUGUCUUUUCCAUUCAGGGGAGUUCAGAAAAUGUGAAAGGUAAAAAGUAGUAACUGAUGUCCCAUUAAUUAACAUGCAUCCAAUAACAUAAUACAGUGAUACUUCACACAUUUGAGUCUUGACUCACUGUCUCUUUAAAUGUUUUCAGAGAAUUUGGCAUUAAGAGGAACGGCUGUACAGUCGAGCACAUAUUACACUUCUGGAGCUGCACAGGCCAUCGACGGCAUCAAAUACUCUCCUUCAGGUAAACCCAUUCCAGGCGAAACCGAUACAUACUGCUCCAUCACAUCAUACCAGCUCAACCCGUGGUGGAGGCUGGACCUGCUGGAUUCUUACAACAUUUCCAACGUGAUCGUCACCAACAGAGGCGACGGCUGGGUGGAGCAAACGAGAGGAGUAGAGAUCCGCAUCGGAAACUCUCUGGAAAACAACGGUAACAACAAUCCCAGAUGUGGUGUCACUUCAUCUGUCCCAUUAGGAAGUUCUGUCAGUUUCUCUUGCGGUGGAAUGGAAGGUCGUUAUGUGAACAUGUACCUCCCUAACAUCCAGCAGCAUCUCACACUGUGUGAGGUGGAGGUUUAUGGAACAGCCUCCUGUGAAGAGUACAAAUGACCCAGCACCUGUGAGUAGAUGAUGGCUACCCUGCAAAGACUCCAGAUGCAAAAUGAUGACAUUUUCAUUGGUUUAAAAUGCAGACACAGUUUGCUUGAAUGCAUAUCUGGUAUUUGUAAAUAUUAUAAUUUCAAUUAGAUUUAGAUUUCAACUGCUCUUUCUGAUACAAGCUCAUAUAAAGACUAUAAAGGAUUUUGUAAUAGGAAAAACGUGCAUUUUCUGUAAAGCUGAAUAUGUCUCAAUUUGUGUUG